AUGGCACCAACACAAGCCAAGAUCGACUCGCGCGCUGCCACCCUCUUCUUCAAAAAGCAUAAAACCACAGUUCUUCUAUUGAUUCAACUGCACGAAACACUCGAUUCCACCAAAGAAAAGCUGCUGUAUGCUUUAAAGUCACGAGCUUACACCGACAUCAACGGUGACCCGAUUCCCGAUGACGCCUUCGAUAUCGAGCUUGGUGUGCCGAUCGAUCGAGCCCAUCCCGAGAAAGGCUGGAGACGCCUUGAGGCAGAUGCAUCAGAACUAGACGACGAGGGCGCACCUAAAAAGAACAAGGGCAAAUCAAAGAAGGAUUCGCCCACACUGCGGGACUCCGGAAUCGACAAUGCGCAUGUGAUUGCAUUCCGCUUUCGCAAAAUUGAUGAAGUCCAGAAUAAUGAGGUUGACGCGGCUCUUGAUAUUGAGGAACCCGGCUGGGAUGUGAUUAUACCAAGCCUUGACGACGAGGAACUAUGA